UACUGAUGCUGACAGUAUGUGGGUGGAUUUGUAGUUUUGAUGACGUAAUAAGAGGAGUACAUCUGUGAGUUUCAAAAAGAAGGGGUAGUUUGUUGGUUUGACAAAAUCAUUCUUUGCGAUAUACUUUUGAAGAGAAAGGAAGGGGUUGGUGUAUAAAUGUGGGGCGCGCAAGCUCCACCAAUCACUCGCCCUCUAACCACCAAACUAAAAGCGCCAGUACCAAAAAAUACUUGAAUCCAAAGAGUGUUAGAAAAAAAUUUUCAACCCCCACAAUUUUCUGUUCGAGGCGCAGUAACAAUUCUUUUGUGUUUCGUGCUCUUCGUGCUCCGGAAGAAGAGGAGAGGCGUUUGAAGACAUCGAGAACCAAAAAUUGAACAAAAGUUACGUGCGGAACCCUCUUUUAUCAAAAAAUUAAUACAGGAAUAUCUUCUUUACUUCCGAUAAAAUGGCAUUACGUGAAUGCGUUUUUCUGUUCAGUGUGUUAAUAACAUUUGCCCAUGCUCGAGCAGUAGUCGUCAAUUGCGAAAUGUACCCUUUCCACAGUCAAUGUCGAGGUGUACAAACAAAAAGAUUUGUCAUUGAACCAGGACACAAAAAUCAACACGAAAAUGAAUUCAAAAAUUUGAAUUCUCCCUCGUUUAAGGAAGAAUAUAAUGGCUUGAAGAAUUCUAGACUUUGGACAACUCUUUUGGACAAUGGUCUCAGCACAGAUGAUCUUUAUGACGUUUAUGCCUCGUCGAGUGCUUCAACGAGAGGAAACAAUAAAAAGAAUAAUAGAAAAAACAGCAUCAAAGACAGACUAAGGAUCAGAAGAAUACCAAUAAGAGAUUUUUUGUCGGACCUCGAGUUUCUCGACAGCGAUUAUUAAGAAGAAAUUUUAAGAAAAACUCACAUCUAAAGUAAAAUAUAUUUCAUUCAAAAGACUUUUCACUCAGCUACUCGUUCAAAAUGAUCUCUCUCUCUCUCUCUCUAUCUAUCUCUCGCUAUCUCUCUUUUUCUCUCGACCAGUAAAUAAUUUCUCCUUCUAUCAAAAAAGAGAUUGACAAAUGAAAAAUUUAUCUUUCUAUAUAAAUAAAGAAUAAAUGUUUCUUUGAUAAUUCUCUCCGAACAUAUAAUAAUAAUAAUAAAAAACAAAAAAGAAACAAAAUAAGUUAACUGCUAUCAAAAUUUUAUGAAUUUUAACUUGCAAAAAAAAAAAAAGAAAAAAAAUGUCCAAAAUUUUUCUACUCUAUUUCAUCGCAAACAAACAAACAAAAAUAUUCUUUCGAUUCCAUAGAAAUUUUGAGUAGUUUUUCAAAAUUCCAAACUAAAAAAAAAUAGAAAGAUACAUAUUAUUUUAAAAAUCUAUUUUCUCUAGAAAACGCAAAAUUUUUAUGGAAUCUUUCAAUUUUUCAUUGUGAACUUUUUUUAAAUUUUUUUUGUUCUUUUGUAAUGGAAAAAUGAAACGCUUCUUGUGAAAGUAUUAAAUAUUGUUGUUAUAAUUCAACAUUAUUUAAAAGAUGAAACUUUUUGUCCAUAAUUACUCAAAAAC